AUAAAAAGGAUUCGAAGAGAGAACGGGUUCAUUUAAAACCUCAUUCGAUAUCAAACCGCCGAGACGAAAUCAUCAAAGAUGACAAUUUUUUCAAGCAUUUUUCUAAUAAACGUAUUUUUUAUUUUGGUUCGUGGUCAACUCGUGGAAAAAGAUUUUAAAGCCAUUCACACUUACGUUAAUGCUGUAUUCAACAACGAAAACCCGCAUUGGGUUCCUGAAAAUUUCACUUUAGUCAGUACAACCCCCUUACCGGUAGUGAAAGCGGUGCCAAGAUGCGGUGAAGGGGGAUCGAGAGGCAUAAAAAUUUGUGUACGUUAUGAUGAAUGUGAUCCAGCUACGAAAGCGGUUAAACACCCUCAGGUUUAUGUACAACUUACUAGUGUACACGAAGUUGAUAAAGGCGAUUUGGAAACGGAAUGUAAUAAUCUCAUGGAUACUUGUUGCUUUUUAUAUCCCCCAAAUCCAACUACGAUUAAACCAACUACGAUUAAUUCGAGUACAACUAAUUCAAAUACUUUUCAACUAACUACACCUACACCAACAACUAAUAAACCAACUGAAAUAUCAAUUAGUUAUUGUGGAAAAAGGAAUUAUCAAGGUCUCAAUUCUUCUAUAACAGUUAAAAAUGAUGAAGCUCAAUACGGGGAGUUCCCGUGGGUUAUUGCCAUUGUUAAAACCCAGUAUAACCCAAUCUUAAAUGAGUCUGACUUGGAUUGUAGUGGUUCGUUAAUCCAUCCGGGGGUUGUUUUAACUGCUAGUUAUUGUGUGCAACAGUACAUAGAUAAACCAAAUCAAUUAAAAGUUUUGGCUGGCGAAUGGGAUAGUUUAUCGGAACAAGAAAUUUAUCCAACACAAGAACGCAGGGUUACAAAAAUAAUUAUCCAUGAAAAUUACGAUCCAAACACUGGAGCAAAUAAUUUCGCCUUAAUUUUCCUUGACAAAAUUUUUGCUCCGGCUAAAAAUAUACAAACGAUAUGUUUGCCAUUACAUAAACAACAUAUUGAAUCAAGGAAUUGUUUCAUCACUGAAUGGGGACAAGAUCGCUUUAAUAAUCGUACAUUAAAUUCAAACAUUUUAAAAAAACUUGAACUCCCAAUUGUUCCCCGGGAUAUUUGCCAACAACAAUUUCGUGCAAAUCAAUAUGGCCCUGAUUAUCUCCUUCCUGAAUCGAUGGUUUGUGCUGGAGGAUAUACUUCGGAAAAUUGCAUUGGCGAUCCUGGGACUCCAUUAAUUUGUCCAGAUCCACAUAACAAGAACAGAUAUAUUCAGGUCGGUAUUUUAAUAGGAGGACUUAAUUGCGGUAAUGGACCGCGAGCUUACGCCAACAUAGCCAGGGCUAGACAUUGGAUAGAUGACAAAAUAUCAGUGAUGGGUUAUGACUCAAUUACUUACGCACGAUGAAAUAACAAAAAAUUAAUUAAAGUAUCGUGAAGGAAACUAGCCAAUCACACGGCGCUUCAUUAACGCCAUCUAUUAUCAUAUUCACAAGACUUGUAUAACAAAAACAUUUUUUUGUUUUGCUUUUAUGUAAUCUGAAUGAAAAUAAAAUACAAUACAAAGAGAAAACUUUGAUUUUGUCUUUUUUUUAACAUCAUCAUCAAUUGAUUUCUUUACUUAUCAUAACAAAAACAACGUUAUUAUUUGAUAAUUGCAGUUAGAGAGGUCACGAUAAGAAAAGAUUUCUAGCUAAAUUUGAAUCUUGGCCAGUCGACAUUGAAGCAUCGAUAUCAUCACGACCUAAAUAAAUUUAUUUCCAAGAAAUCAUCAACUAUGUAUAUAUUUCCACGAAAUCUCCACGCUAUCCUAUUUAUCAUCGCUAUUUCUGAAUUGGCGUCGUCUCCAACAACCAAAACCAAUCCACAUUGAGUUCCUGCCGGUGAGCCUAAAAAUCUUAUACCACGAAUGACCGCAUUGGCUAGCUGUGGUGAAGGAAAAACAGAAGGAGUAAAAAUUUGCGUUCCUUACUAUAAAUGCGAUCCUUUUACGGGUGAGGUUUUACCUAACGGAAAUAUAGCAACUAAUUACAUAGAUAUAAAAGAUCUUGAAAAUGAAUGCGAACAUAUUACGGAAAGUUGUUGCUUUUUACCUGGUAAAGGUAGAUCAAAAAAUCAUAAUGCAACAUCGGGGAAGGUCUAAAUCUACUCAGCAACAACAUUUUAUUAUAUACAUAUACAUACUAGUACAUUGUAAUUUUUAUAUACAUAGUUUGUAUAAACCA